UUGUUGUGGACAGAAAUCAUAGGUUAUUGUUGUUUUAAAGUAAUUAAAGAUAAAUGCUGUACAAUCAUUCCACUCUGGAAAAAGAACAGUUCAAAGAAGUCAUUCAAAUCCCAAAAAUUCCCAUGAAAUUCAUGGCAAGUUUAGGAUUUGGGGGGUAAUUUGCAGUCUGAAGUUUGAUGAGUGGAUACAAACUUCAGACCUGAGCUGUAGCUACAGGUCUGCUCUCAUUCUAACUGGGAAAUAAGCAUCUAAUACAUUACAUUAACAAGUAAACGUGAAUCAUUUUUAAUGAGUCAAGUCAAUUUCUUAAAGCACCAGUGACACUUCAUGGACUUUCUCAGUUUUCAGACUACUAAAUUUGACGAUCAUGACAUGGCUUGUCUUUUUUCCUCCGUGCUACUGAUUUUGUAAUGUUAGUUAGUAGUUAUGCCUGAUGCGUGUGAAAAAUCAGAGGUUUUCUCUAGCUGUGCAACAUUCAGGAAAUACUGUGUUGCACUUCCUUCUUUUUUAAGCAUGUAUAUUCCAGACAUCUUGUUGGGCAACUGUAAAUUAUUGCUCGGCCGGUAAGACCAGUGGGAAAAUAACUCGUGCUCAUUAAGUACAUAGUAGGUGUACUUCCCAAAGCCACACCCCUUGAAACAGGCUAUUUGAUAAAGGAGCUGCACUGCUUGCCACCAGUCAGUCUGCUUUGUGGGACGCCAUGGACCGACAAGUGAGCAUUGUUUCAAGGCAAGAGUGGGGAGCAGCCGCUGCCAAACAAACCAAGGCUCUGAAAGGACCUGCCCGAAGAGUUGUUAUACACCACACUGCCUACCCAAGCUGCAAAGGCCUGGCUGAGUGCAAAGCCAGCAUUGUCAGUAUUCAGAGAUACCACAUGAAAGACAGAAAGUUUGAUGAUAUUGGAUACAAUUUUCUUGUUGCUGGAGAUGGGACUGUGUUCGAGGGUCGUGGCUGGGGUGUGAUGGGCGCACAUGCCAAAGACCACAACAGUGACUCACUGGGAAUUGCCUUCAUGGGGAAUUUCAACAAUGAGACGCCGAGUGAAAAAGCAGUCGUUGCGGUGAAACAGCUGCUGCAGUCUGGAGUUUCCGCAGGAUUUCUACAGCCUGGGUUUGACCUGUAUGGACACAGAGAUCUGGGAAACACAGAGUGUCCAGGAGAAAAGCUUUACGCCGCACUGCCACGACUGAGGAGCACGUCAUGAACCUCGCAGACGAUUUGUCAGUGUUUUGAGGGGAAAUUGCACCCCUUCCUGAAAUUGCACACAGACCCCAUCACCAGCUUCUGUGAAGUAAACAAGGUGUUAGGAGGAAGAAGCUUUCUAGAUCCGACACUAAUGCUCAGGUUUCUUUUUUCCUCGUCACAUUAUUUGCACAUUAUUAUAUUUUUUAUCUGUUAGCAGGAAGCGUCUGUUUUCACAGCCUGUCAGAGCUGUCUUUUACAGCAGAGGGAGCCGUUGCAUGGGAUGAGAAUAACGCAGGUUUUAUCUGUUUAGAAGUGCAAUUGGAAACCACGAUACAUGAAUAAACAGUUGAAUGUUGUGUGAAAGUUUACAUUUUUAUUUGAAUAUGUUGAUUUAAUGUAUAAUCUUUUUUUUUAUUUCUUUAAAAAAUACAUUUGCUUGAAUUAAACUGUUACCGUGUUGUGCUUAAUGUUUUUAGAGAGGUGGAAAAAAUAUCACCAGUGAUAUUUAAGAUCUUGGUAGCAUUAUCAAGCGUGCAUGUCAUUGUGUUUGUAAUCGUGAUAGCUCGAAAUGUUUUGAAUGAAUUCUCAUCAAACUUUGCAUGGGUGUAGAGUAGGGUCAUGUUAACAGUGCAUUAAAAUUUGGAUUGCAUCCACCGAAGUCUUCAAGGUCGACUCAAAGAUUUAUUGGUUAAGAAUUGACAA